AUGGCUGGAAGAAAAAGCUUCCCCUCUCUAUUCCUAGGGGCUGUACAACCCCGGGGAGGGGGGAUCCCUGGGGCCUUUCUCAAGGGAGACUCUGCAUCCUCGUUUUUGUGUUUUCGGGGGGCAUGCGGCCUUGCUGCUGCAGCGAGAGCCCCGCAUGCAGUAGCACCAGCCGCUGCUGCAGCAGCGGCAUCCGAAAGUGUGCUGUUGAGGAGACAGUUCACUAGGACAAAGCAGGUGGCUACGAUCGGGCCGGCCUCAUGGGAAAAAGAGCAGAUUGAGCAGCUAUACCUUAAUGGUGUUGAUGUGUUCCGCCUGAACUUCUCUCAUGGCCUCUACACUGAAAAGUACCAGCAGUAUUGCUACAUCAAGGAGCUUGAGCUGAAGCACGGCAAGCCAAUCGCCGUUCUUGCAGAUCUUCCUGGACCGAAGCUUCGACUAGGUAUCCUCGAUCCGGAUCAGCAAUCGCUGCAACGAGGGCAGCAAAUUUUUCUGGAUGCCGGAGACUCUCCGGGGGCAGCCCGAGGGGGCCUCUUUAGAGCUCCGCUUCAGCAACAAGAGGUGCUGAAGGCCCUCCGGGUUGGACAUCGCGUGCUACUGGAUGAUGGCAAGAUUAAUCUGAGGGUUGUUGAGCUCUCGCGCGCGCUAAUGCAGCAGGCAGAACAGGACUAUGAUGAGUCGAAAGAGGAGAAGGGAGAAAAUUUAUGGGUUCGUUGCAUUGUCGAAAUAGGCGGCCCUAUAUCAAGUAAGAAGGGGGUGUCUCUUCCGGACUCUACCCUCGCUAUUUCGGCUCUCACCAAGAAAGAUAAAGCGAUUGCAGCGAUGGUCUCCUCGUGGGGUGUUGACUUUAUUGCGCUCUCCUUUGUCCAAACUGCUGCCGACAUCUAUCAACUCCGCACCUUAUUGCGGACCGCCCAUGAAGCUCAAGUUCAGGGGGAUCCCUCAUCCUGGAGGGCUAUGGGGGUGCCCUCGGAGGCCCCCAUAGGUCCACCCCCAAUGUGGGGGCCCCCCCAUGGCUCGCACUGUCCUGCGCUGAUUGCGAAGAUUGAGAAAAUACAGGCACUGAGAAGGUUGGGGGAGAUCGCAGCGGCAGCCGACGGUUUGAUGGUGGCGCGGGGUGACCUUGGCCUAGAGUUGCACCCCGGUGAAGUUCCAGGAGCACAAAAGGAGAUUAUUGAAGCGGCGAGAAGAACCCGUGUGCCUGUCAUUGUGGCCACACAAAUGCUGGAGAGCAUGAUGUUGAACCCGCAGCCUAGCAGAGCAGAAGCGACCGACAUUGCUGCCGCUGUCUUUGACGGCGCAGACGCUGUAAUGCUCUCUGGAGAGACCGCAGCCAGUGACAGGGGAGCUCAGAUUGCGAGAAUGCAGCGAUUGAUAUUAACCGAAACAGAACGGCAGGAGAGGCUCUGGACUCAUAACACCCUUAGGUCCCCCGAAGCUGCAAGAGCCUUUGCUGCGGCAGCCGCUGCUGCAGACCACUUCGCAGGGGAGGGUUUGCGCCGAGGAUCUUUGUCGGAGUCGGCUACCUACGGCAGUCACCAGGAGGAAGGAAGCCUCAAGGACAGCCCGGGAAGCAGGCCGUCUCACGCGUCGCCCAAGGUCUACGAAGCGGUGGCUAGGGGGGCCCAUGUCAUGAGCCAGGUGAUUGGUGCGAGCGCAAUUCUAACGAAGAGUGACGGGGGUGAGAGUGCCUCUAUCCUCUCUUCUUUGAGGCCUAGAGCCCCCAUUGUUGCCGCGGCAGACGACCCGCGUGUUGCACGGAAGCUGCAACUCUACUGGGGCGUGCAGCCCCUAUUCCUGGGGGCCUCCGUCGAAGGCACCCCCGUACAGCCGGGCAUUUCCGAAGGCUGGAUUGACGCAGCAAAGAGGGAAGCGCGGGAAGACGGAUUUUCUAAGAGCCCCGAGGAUCUUUUAGUAGUGGCGGGCCCUUCCAAAAAAGCGGAUGCCCAAGCAGGGCAGGCCUCUGAUGCGAACGCAGCAGAGGGCAGCCUGGCUCCCUCCGCUGCCUCCGCCUCCUCUUUCUCCUCCCCAGCGGCGUAUUCAGGCUUGGCGCAAGGUCUACUACAGGCAGGCAUACCGUCAACCACAAGAGAAGGCGAUACGCGGUGCUAUGCGUAUCCCCUAACCUUUGGGGGGGGGCCUCGGGGAGGGGCAGAGGGGGAAGGCCGUGUGGCUGUUGUCACGGGUGCCUCCAGGGGAAUCGGCCUUGCCAUCGCCAAGACUUUCGCCAAGGGUGGCGUAGAGACAGUCGUGUGCGUCGCGAGAGAUCAGGCUGCAUGCGACACGGCAGCCGCAGAAUUGCGCUCUCUAGGGGCCGAUUCUGUCGGCUACGGUGUUGAUGUAGCGGACGGUCAGGCGGUUGCUAGCCUCUGUGAAGAGCUGCUCGCCAAAUAUCCACGCAUUGACAUUUUAGUGAACAAUGCAGGCAUCACCAGGGACGGGCUAUUCAUCAGGAUGAAGGAAAAAGACUGGCAAGAUGUCCUCAACACGAAUCUCAACUCCGCAUACUACUUCUCGCUCCCGAUCAUUCGGAGAAUGACACAAAAUAGGUUCGGUAGGAUCAUCAACAUGGCCUCAGUCGUUGGAGUCGGGGGAAAUGCAGGCCAGGCGAAUUACGCGGCCUCUAAGGCGGGUCUCAUCGGUUUUACAAAGUCUCUUGCCAAGGAAUACGCUAACAGGGGCAUCACAGUGAACGCCAUCGCGCCUGGUUUUAUCAAGUCUGAGAUGACGGACAGAAUGACAGACGCAGCUAAGGCAGCCACCUUGGCAAGUAUUCCAGCAGCUCGCCUGGGGACCCCUCAGGAGGUUGCUGACCUUGCCGCCUUCCUCGCUUCAGACCAGGCAGCCUACAUCAACGGCAAGGUCAUCCCCAUAGAUGGGGGGAUGCUGUUCGGGUCCAACUAA